AAUAAAUAGCAGUUGCAGAGCGAGAGUGCAGAGCAAAACACUGCAAGUAGCACACUCACAAACAAAAAACAUAACAUUCACAUAAGUUGUGGCUGUGAGAGAUCCAACCUACUUCUUCUUCUUCUUCUUCUUCUUCUUGCCAGCUUCCCAAAAAGGCACCUUUACCAUUUCCAAUACAAAAAUAAUAAUUACCGGCCUUAAUUGGGUUGCUCAGCUUUUUUCUCUCUGAAUUUUCAUGCACUUGCUAGCAUAGUGUGGAGAUUAUAAUCUUGGAACUAACUAGCCAAGUAGGAAUCAUGCUAGCUGUGUCACCAUUUAUGAGCACAAGAGAUGAGAGCCAAAGAGAGAUGGAGGAGAAUUUAUCAUCAAUCGGAACCGGUGACUUUUUCGAUCUUUCCGAAGGGAACUUAAUAGAAAGCAUCAAUUUUGAAUUCGACGAUGAUUUCUUUGUGUGCAUCGACGAUGGAUAUGUGUUACCGGAUCUGGAAAUGGACUCCGAUAUGCUUGCUGAGUUCUCUCUCAGCGGCGGGGAGGAAUCGGAGAUGAACUCGUCAGUUACGGGUGCAAAUAGAAAAUCUUGUAAUGAUGGAAAUAUAAUUAGUACUAUUGAGAAAAAACUACAAGAUGAAGAGAAAGUGGUUUCUUCUUCUGAUUCGGGUUCGAGCCUUGUGGAUGAAAUAGUUAGCAAAAGGGAUGAAUCGGUGGUGGUGAAUCCUUUUCCAAAGAAAGAUGACAAAGGAAGAAAAUCAAAAUCUCAAUCAAAGAAUAAUCAUCAAGGGAAGAGAAAAGUGAAGGUGGAUUGGACCCCAGAAUUGCAUAGAAGAUUCGUACAAGCAGUAGAGCAGCUAGGAGUGGAUAAGGCUGUACCAUCAAGAAUAUUAGAAAUAAUGGGAAUUGAUUGCCUCACACGCCAUAACAUUGCUAGCCACCUUCAAAAAUAUAGAUCGCAUAGGAAGCAUUUGGUAGCACGUGAAGCAGAAGCAGCAAGUUGGAGUCAAAGGAGGCAAUUAUUUGGAACAAGAAGUAAUAGAGGAGUAGGAGGUGGCAAGAGAGAUAAUCAUGAUAUGAACCAAUAUUGGGUUGCACCAACCAUGGGUUUCCCUCCUCCUAUGACACAUUUUAGACCUUUACAUGUAUGGGGGCACCAUCCCAUGUGGCCUAAACAUGUACCAUAUUCACACCACCACUCACCAUCAGCUUGGGCACCUCCACUUUCUGACCCUUCAUAUUGGCACCAACGGGCUCCUAACACACCAACCGCAGGAACACCAUGUUUUCCACAGCCUCUGACAACAACGAGAUUUGGCUCUCCAACUGUUCCGGGAAUUCCACCACCCCAUUCCAUCUACCAAGUAGAUCCCGGCGUUUGCAUACCCGCCGCUGGUCAACCAUCUCUUCCGCCUGUUUUAGACUUUCAUCCGUCAAAGGAGAGCAUAGACGCAGCUAUUAGUGAUGCAUUAUCAAAACCAUGGUUGCCAUUGCCUCUUGGGCUUAAAGCUCCAGCACUUGAAGGUGUGAUGGGUGAAUUACAAAGACAAGGAAUUCCUAAUAUUCCACCUUCUUGUGCUUGAAUAAUGUUCUUAUGCACGAGUACACGGGAAUACCCUAAUUCGACGACUUUUCAUAUUCUCACUUCUUUUUGUGUUGUUUGACCUCAAAGAGAAGAACAAUAAUAUUUUAUCCAAUUAUGAACUUUCUUUGUAUCAAGUAGAGCAGCACAAAUAGUUUAACUUUUGUUAUUAACUUAAUGGCAAGCAAAUAUGUGAGAUUGUAAGGCUGUGAUUUUUGUAUUGGCCAUCCAUGAUAUAUAUAUAUGAUGAGACUAAUAGUGUGACGAGGAAUCUCAAUAAAGUACUUUUAGUGUAAUAUUUCUUCAGCAAAAUA